AUGUACACAUACAGUCAGAACGGCGCGGGAGGGCAGCGUAGCGGCCGGUGCCGGGCGCGCACACGCGCGAAGAGUUCGCAGGGAAGCCGGGCGCGGGCGGCGAGCGACGGGGAGGGCGAGGGCGGGCGGCCGGGGUUCACGGCGCAGCACCAGAAGGCAAUCAUCGAGCACCUGCUGAUCACCAAGAACUCGGCGCCGCAGAAGAACUACUCGCACGUGCCGUGCAAGUUUUUCCGGCAGGGGGCGUGUCAGGCCGGGAGCUCGUGCCCGUUCUCGCACUCGCUGAACGUGCUGGUGGCGGACCAGACGCCGUGCAAGUACUUCGAGAAGGGCACGUGCAAGUUUGGCGCGAAGUGCGCGAACGCGCACAUCCUGCCGGACGGGACGCGCGUGAACCCAUCGAAGCAGGCGCUGUACGCGGGCGGCAAGGGCGGGCGCCGGGCGGCGCGCUACGCGGAGGCGGAGGGCGGCGCGGAAGGCGGCGGAGGCGGGCUGCGGGGCCUGGCGUUUUCGACGCCGCCGCUGGUCGACGAGUUCGACGCGUUUGAGGGCGAGGUGCUGGUGCCCAGCGAGCUGUCGGACUUGCUGACGCCCAAGGAGCUGAAGCGGCGGAACUCGCGGCCCUCGUCCACGUCGCAGCGGGUGAGCCUCAGUGAGCUGUCGACAUCGAGCACGACGAGCAGCGAGCAGUACGGCUACCUGCCCGGGCGCACCUGGUCUGCGACGUCUGCGACGACCCCACCGCCGUCGAUCAUGGACCCGAUGGGCUCGGCUGCGUUUGGGAACAAGCUGCUUUCGUCGUCCAAUUACACGUACCAGGACGCCUUCGGCAGCUUUGCCCCCAAGUCGCCCUGGAACUCUGCGCCGAACGGCGCGCUGGGCGCGCGCAGCUUGAACUCCGCGGCCACUGCGUAUGCGCCGGCUGUGGGCCCGAAUUGGACCGAGUACCAGUUCCACCAGCUCACCGACGACUUGACAAAACUAAAGAUAUACGAGGAGGACGCACCGUCCCCCCCCAACGCGCUAUCCACUGUCGAGCGUGGAAGCACGGGCCAGGGCGCCGCAUCCAAGAUACACCUCCAACACAACCAGGGGGACGGUAUGCAGCUGUUCUUGGAUGACUUCACGCGCAGCAUCUAUUGA